AUGGACUUCUCAGUAAUUUCUGAUGGAGACGUACAAAAUGUGCUUUCAGCUAUGCAGAAGAACUUGGAGUGCCCGAUAUGUUUGGAUGUGGUAGAAGAGCCCGUUUCAACAAAAUGUGAUCACAUAUUCUGCAGGUUCUGCAUGUUCAAACUCCUCAGCAAAAAGAAUAAAGGUGUGAUACAGUGUCCUCUGUGUAAGAGUGAAGUUACCAAGAGAAGUCUGAAAGAAAAUUCCAGAUUUAAGCAACUAAUUGAGGGAUUGUUGGAAACUAUCCGUGCGUUUGAGCUUGACACUGGAAUAAAGUUUUUAAACAGUCAUCACUUUCCUAAAACAUCCACAGAAGUCACUGCUGCUGAGUUCCUGCGUAAAGAAAGUUCUGUCAUCCAGAGUAAGGGCUUCAGAAACAGGAAGAAAAGCGCUAAAGGAAAAGGACAGAAAAACUGCACCUUGCCUGAACCUAAUGUGGACACACAGCUUACAGACAGUAGAGUCAAAAGAUGUUCCCUAAGAAACAAAAUCCAGAAGUGUGACUCUGAAAAAGGGAUUUAUAUAGAGUUUGGUAAGAUCUGCUCUGAUUAGCUUUUUAAACAGACAAGCUAUACUGGGUUAGACAAGGAAGUGCUUCAGAUUUCAGCUCAAGAAAAGCUAGAAAAACCUAAGAGUGCUGAGAAGGGGAAUGAAUAUUCUUGCAAUACACAGCCCAACACACUGGGUGCUAAAGAAAUUAUUCUACCAAAUGUAGUAGGUGAAAGUGAUUCCUUGAAGGAAGACUUGAGCAAGAAAAGCACUCGGAGCAUCACUGAGUAUGGCAAACCUGGCCAAGUGAAUCUGACUGAAUGCCAGAGUUCUCCUUUAAAUGUUCUUGCUGGAGACCUACUCGCAGAGCAGUGUGACGGAAUAAAUAAUUCCAGUCCUGUAAGGAAUGAGGACACAUCUCUUUUUAAGAACACAGCAGAAGAGGAUGCAGAGCAAACUCCGUGCAAUAAUGAAAGCAAAGAAUUUGACUUAAAAGAUAGCUUGGAGAGCAGGUUGAAUAAAAGCAAGGAAAUAGAUAGUGUUGUACAAAGUGUGGAAACAUGUGAACUUGAGAAUGGUUCUUGCCAUGAGAAAACUUCUCCAGAGGAGGUUCUAUUUCAGCCAGAGACACUUGAUUGUGCUACCUUGAAUCAAGUCUCUAGAAAGAGACUGAAGCGAAGCAUCCAGAAAGUCAAUGAGUGGUUUUCAAAAAGCAACGAGAUUCUGUCUUCCAGUUCUUCCCAGGAUGGUUCUGCUGGACCAGGUGAUGUUUCAGGUGAAGAUGUGUGUUUAUCAGAUAAAGAUUCCUGUAUUUCUGAAAAGACUGACCCUCUGGUAGAUUCCAUGGAAAUUGCAGUGGUUGAAGGAAAUAAGAGGUGGUCAAAACAAACAGCAGAUAGCAUCAAAGACAAAAUAUUUGGAAAAACAUAUACAAGAGAGAGGAAGUCAAAUCCCCCUAUUAUCUUGAAAGAUAUUUUACCUCCUAUAGAAAAGGAAGAGGAAGAUGUGGCUGCUAAGUGCUUGAAUAAUUCCAGCAAGGACGGACUAAAACGAAAAAGGAAGACCGCCUGUGUUCUACAACCUGAGGAUUUCAUCAAGAAAAAAGAUAUAGAAGAGGCAGAUGGGUGCCCUCAGAAUGCUGAUUGGUGCCUUGGAGAUGCUGAAAAUAAAAGAGAUUAUGUUAAUGAGAGUCACCUCUCUGAGAAUAGAGAGGAUCAUACACUAGCAGAACUUAAGGAAAACGGAGAAUCCAUAUGGAAAAAAGCAGCUGAAAAGGUGACUAGCAAGCACUGUGAUGGGGAGCUAGAACUGAAUAACUGUGAUCACAAAAGCACUCAGAAGAGUUCUGCAGCAAAAAGAUGCAAGCGUUCUACUAGAGCCAUGUGUGCUCUACAGCUAGUAGUGGAUAGAAACUCUGUUUCCCCUGAUCCAGCUGAGCCACAGAUUGAUAGCUAUCCAAGCAGUGAAGAGCCAGGGAAAGUUGAUUCUGAGCAAAGACAAGUCAGACGGAGCAGGAGGCUUCAGUUACUUUCUGAAGAAAUGACAAAAGAAACAGGAAAAGAAGUAGUGCUUAAGGGAGCAAGAACAUACGACAGUGAUCAUGAAGGGCCUUUCUUUGGAGUCCGAAGGAAUGUGUUAGUUCACGCUUCUGAAUGCAAAGACCUGCGUCAGCACCAGGGUACACUGAGUCACAAGCCACUGGCUGAUCUGAAGGGUAAUGAUUUGGAAGCUGGUGAAAUACAGAUUAGACUAAAGAAAUCACCUGGCACUGCAGAAGCUGGAAAAAGUCUCUUCAAUCCUACAUCUUCAUGUCAGCGUUCAGACUGUGGUUCCUUUGCAGCUGAUGCAAGUUCUCAAGGAGGUGAAAUACUAGGCAGCCCUUUGCGCCUACAGUCUCCUUCAAGGACUGUUGUGCAGACUGCUUCUCACCUGACUGAAGAGACGACUGCAUCAUGUACUACUUUUCCCUGCAAUGGUGGACGUGACACACAAAAUGUGCCAGGGGAUGUGACAACUGAAAAGUUAUUAAUGGCUAAAAAUGUUUCAGAUUUGACCAAGGAAGCUGAAGAUAGUGAGUUAGACACACAGUAUCUGCGAAACAUAUUUAGGCAUUCAAAACGCGUAUCAUUCAGUCUUUAUCCUGCUCCCGGGAAGACAUGUGCAGUAGAAGAUGCUGUUUCUGAAACUUUGAAGGUAAUAGGUACUGAUCAAGUAGAAAAUAAGUACAGCAAAUAUUUAGAACCAGAACACUUACAAGGAGAGAAAACAGCUGCUGAAAGCUUGAGUAGGGCUUGUGAGAAAGAAAUGCUUAAGAACUAUCAACCUGCUUGUGUUAGUCCUGUGGCUUGCUUUGUCGGCAACGCUGUGUGUAUGCACGGAGGGGAACAUGCUGAAGGUGUUUCAGAGGUUGCAAAUCAAGGGAAUGUGACACCAGUAAGUAUGGGUACUGCUAGGACUGAAGACCACAAGGGGUCACAAAAAGGAGAGCAGGGAGAUGGAAAGACAGUGUCAACUGACAUAGGGAUAGAAAGUGAGUUGGGACAGAAUCCAAUCAAAAGUAAUAGAAGCCAGAGUGAACCGACUAAUACAGAAGGGCGCAUUUUCAAAAGAACCAAUUUAAACACAGUCGAUGAAAUAUGCUUCAGUUCACAAAGCAAUCAAGCAAGCAAGGCCAAAGUUAUUGAUGGCAAAGAACCGAUGCUACAUUAUCUGUCCGGAUCGAUGAUCUGUCCUGCAACUUGUCAGCAAAGGCCUGCUGAAUCCACCUGUGAAGUCACGGGGAAAAAAAUUAGCAAAAGAGAAGGAAAACAAGUAAAGGGGAAUGAAGAACAAGCAACCCAAACUGCUGGCACGGGGAUGCCAGAAUGUUUAGUUACAGAGGCUCCAGAAGAACUUCUCAGAGGGAACAGUGAUUUUACAAGUUUCUCUGAAACCCCUGAUGGUUUACUGUGCCCUGAUGAUAUUGAAGAGAACACCAGCCUUUCUGAAACCGAUAGGAGAGAGAGAUCUGCUGUGUUUAUAAAAAGAAAUGACAAUGUCCUGGUAGAAGAACUAAACAAUAGAAAUGUUAGUUCCAAGCUAAGAUCUCAAGGUAUUCAAAGAUCUCGAAGAAGAGUGCAGAAGCUGCCAUCUUCAGAUGAAGAAUCUAGCGAGGAUGAAGAUUUACCAUGUUUUCAGACAUUAAUAUUUGGCAAAUCAGUAAACACACCUUUGCAGAUCAAUAAACAAGUGACUUCUGUGGUAGAUUCUUCACCAAGUCCCAUCACAUUGUCUCACAAUGGAAGUCAUAAUGAUGGUAAAAUGCAGAAAAUGCCUGAAGCUGAGCUAAAAAACGGGUAUGUUUCACCAGGCCAGGAGUCGGAAUGCUCUGUCGACUUAUUUUCCUCCCAGUCCGUGUCUGAAGAAUCAGUCGAUGGAGCACAGGAGCUACAGGAACCUGUAAUACAAGUUCACACAUCCAAACAAGUGAGCAAUGGGAACGACAGUAAAGAAACUUUUCAAAGUUGCAAUGGAGGGCUGACAAGAAGCAAAACUAACUUCAAGGAUGAAUGCCAAGAAGACCCAAAUAUGGGCACAAACCUAGGUGAAGGAUAUGACAGUGAAACAAGUAAUAUAGAAGAUUCAUGUGGACAAUUCUCUCAGGGUGAAAUCCUUACUACACAGCAGAAGAACGCUAUGCAAAAUAACCUAAAAAAACUCCAGGAAGAAAUGGCUGUGCUUGAAGCAGUGCUGAAGCAGCAAGGAAGCCAAAACUGUGAAUUUUUACCCAUGCAUAGGAAACUGCCACAUUCCAAUAGCGAGGGAACGCUUGGGAUGGAAAAUAUGAGACAAGAAAGAGAAAAUGCAGAUGAGCAGAAAUCUGAGACCAGGCUAAAUAGUGCAUGUGUCGUAUCAAAUCUCUCUGGAAAUGUGGAUAGGAGUCCAAAUAACUCUUCGUCCGCUGUAAGGCUGCUUAACCCUCGAACUGCAGAAGCAACAAAUAGUUCUGUUGUGGCUCAGGAUGCUGAUAAAAGCUCUGCUCAAGAAUGCGAGUCAGAGAGAAGUGUGUGUUUUCCUGUAUCUGCUCUGCACAGUGCAGCUGGGAAAGAAAAUGCUGCAAGUCCAGUUGUGACUAACAGGAAAAAAAUGUCAAUUGUGGCAUCGGGUCUGAAUCAAAGUGAGCAUUUGGUGGUUCAGAAGUUUGCGAGAAAGACGCAGAGCACUUUGUCUAAUCACGUUACUGAAGGAACAACUCAUGUCAUCAUGAAAACAGAUAAGGAGCUGGUGUGUGAGCGGACACUGAAGUACUUUCUGGGUAUUGCAGGAAGAAAAUGGGUAGUUAGUUACCAGUGGGUAAUUCAGUGUUUUAAAGAAGGAAGGAUACUGGAUGAGGAGAACUUUGAAGUUAGAGGAGAUGUAAUCAAUGGGAGAGACCACCAAGGUCCCAAGAGAGCUAGGCAGUGUCUGACUGAAAAGAUCUUUAAAGACUUUGAGAUCUGUUGCUAUGGACCUUUCACUGAUAUGACUACAGAACAUCUGGAAUGGAUGGUGGAGCUUUGUGGUGCCUCUGUUGUGAAGAAACUCCAUCUGUUCACACAUGCAGUAAAUUCUACUGCUGUCGUGGUUGUGCAGCCAGAUGCUUGGAUGGAAAACACAGAUUAUAGAGCAAUGCAGCAAAAGAACAAUGUUGCCGUGGUGACUCGAGAGUGGGUAUUAGACAGCGUUGCUUGCUAUGAGCGCCAGGAGUUCCAUGCUUACCUUGUGUCCUAA